AUGGCUCCCACUCUUGCCACGGCCCACCGGCGCCGCUGGUGGAUGGCCUGCACGGCCGUGGUGGAGAACCUCUUCUUUUCCGCCGUUCUCCUGGGCUGGGGAUCCCUCCUGAUCAUGCUCAAGUCGGAGGGCUUCUACUCCUACCUGUGCUCCCUCCCAGAGAACUCGACGGGGGUGCCCGGGAACGGGACGGCAGCCCCAGAGCCGGAAGUGGCCCGCAUGAACGGCUGGCUGAUCUGCAAGGAGCAGGACGAGAUGCUGAAUCUGGCCUUCACCGUGGGCUCCUUCCUGCUGAGUGCCAUCACCUUGCCCCUGGGCAUCGUCAUGGACAAAUACGGUCCACGCAAGCUGAGGCUGCUGGGCAGCGCCUGCUUUGCGGUCUCCUGCGUGAUGAUCGCCUACGGGGCCAGCAACCCGGACUCUCUGUCGGUGCUGAUCUUCAUCUCCCUGUCGCUGAAUGGCUUCGGAGGGAUGUGCAUGACCUUCACAUCUCUCACGCUGCCCAACAUGUUCGGGGACCUUCGCUCCACCUUCAUUGCCCUCAUGAUUGGCUCUUACGCGUCCUCGGCAGUGACGUUCCCGGGGAUCAAGGUGAUCUACGACCUGGGCGCCUCCUUCAUCCUCAUCCUGCUGAUUUGGGCCGGCUGUGCGGGCCUCGUCUUCUUCAACUGCUUCUUCAACUGGCCACUGGAGCCCUUCCCAGGCCCCGAGGACAUGGACUACACGGUGAAGAUCAAGUUCAGCUGGCUGGGCUUUGACCAUAAGAUCACCGGGAAGCAGUUCUACAAGCAGGUGACCACGGUCGGCCGCCGCCUCAGUGUGGGCAGCUCCAUGAAGGGCAACAAGGAGUCCCCGGCGCUGCAGGACGGCAACAAGCUCUGCUUCUCCACGGUGGAUCUGGAGGUGAAGUGCGAGCCGGACAGCGCAGCUUCCCCGUCCUUCAUGCACAGCGUCUUUAGCCCCAUCCUGCUGCUCAGCCUGGUCACCAUGUGUGUCACGCAGCUCCGUCUCAUCUUCUACAUGGGCGCCAUGAACAACAUCCUGGAGUUCCUGGUGGAUGGCGACCUGGAGACAGUGGGUCUUUACAGCUCCGUCUUCGGAGUCUUGCAGCUGCUCUGCCUCCUGACGGCACCGGUGAUUGGCUACAUCAUGGACUGGAAGCUGAAGGAGUGCGACGACGGCCCUGAGGAGGAGGACAAGGGAGACGCCAGCCCCCCGGGUGAGAAGAAGAAGAAACCUCGGGACCGCCGGAUCCAGAAGAUCUGCAACGCCACUCGGGCUUUCGCUUUCACCAACGUACUGCUGGUGGGCUUUGGGGUCACCUGCCUGAUCCCCAACUUGCCUUUGCAGAUCCUUUCCUUCAUCUUGCACACCAUCGUCAGAGGCUUCAUUCACUCGGCCGUCGGGGGUCUCUAUGCUGCUGUAUAUCCCUCCACGCAGUUUGGCAGCUUGACUGGGCUGCAAUCUCUCGUCAGCGCCCUCUUUGCCCUCCUGCAGCAGCCCCUUUUCCUGGCCAUGAUGGGCCCCCUGGAAGGAGACCCCCUCUGGGUCAACGUGGGGCUGCUGGGGGUGAGCAUGCUGGGCUUCUGCCUGCCCCUCUACCUCAUCUGCUACAGGCAGCGCCUGGAACGGGAGAAGCAGCAGAAGGAUGAAGACGCCAAGCUCUUCCUCAAGAUCAACGGCACACCCAGCGAGGAGGCCUUCGUCUAGAGACGCCGUUUGGACUGGCCGGGGGGGCUCCCUCCCUGCCCUGAGGCCCCAGUAAAGCCCCCCAGGUCCCCCAGCACAGCUCCCAUCUCACGGGCCUUGCUUUGGAUUCAAAAGCCACGCCACCAUGCCUCUUCCGUGACACCAUCCUGCCGUGGCCUCUCUUACCCACGGUCUCUGGUGCUGGCCUCAGAGACGGCUAACGUGAUACGGGUCUUGGUUGCUUUGCAAAGGGAAUGGACCCCUCCCCCCUCCUGCUCUGGUGACCUAGCCCUUCCUGGCACACCUGUACCACGCAUGGACACACACACACACACACACAGGCAACGGCUUGGUUUGUGUCUGUGCAGGACACAGACUCCGGCCUCCCUCCCCAUCUGCCUGUUCUCCCAUCCUGGGUGAGGGCUUCCAGCCACUCCCCUGGUCCUCUUGCAGGAGCCUGCUGGUCCCUCCGACCUCCGCAGCCUCUGGCCGAGGAGGAGCAAGAACAUCUGGUCUGCCUAUGUCUUGCACCUGUCCUGGGGGGGGCGGAAUUUGGCCCCCACUAUCUCUGCAGUUUGAGGACCAGCUUGAAAAGCGCUGCGGCUUGCACAGUGUCUUCCCCCUCUUUGGACUUUUUGGGGUGUGACUGAAGAGGGGCAGCUUUGCACAGGGUCGCUUAGGCAUUGGGCUGUAGUGGAAAAUGACCCCAAAGUCUCAAACGUUAAGGGGCCUGGUGGACCGAGGCAAGGAGACGCCCCAAAUCAUGAAGGCUCCUGUCCAGCCAUCGUCCCGGCCCCUCUGGCUCCGCCAAGGGCAGUUUUAGCCUCCUCACGCCAGGCACAGCAGCUGCUGCUGCCCCCUGGUGGUGGGAAUCCUCCUAGGCAGGGCACCUGUUCCCUUCCAGAUGCCACGGGCAGAUUGCACUGUCUUGUUUCUAACAUCAAAAGAAAAACACACCACUCUA